UCUGGGUAAUGUUUUUAACCGGAAGGUUUCAAUAGUUGUGUUUUUUGCUUUCUGUUGUUGCUAUUGAAUUAUUCAACAGGUAGCAUCCAGUAGACUCGGUUUAUCAUCUAAACCACGGUGAAAGUUUAUAGACUGCUUCUCUUCGCUCAUGUGAAAAAAUUCACAAUUGUCUGCGAAUACCAACCAUGAAGCAUGAAGAAAAUCUGCUCUGAACAAAUGCAUGGGGAAAGACUACCAGUUCAGGUCCUCGGAUGUUGAAGAAAUGCUACUCGGCAGGUGGGAAUGAAGGAUCUAACACCGCCAAGAAUAAUUAAAACCAGAUAAAUCCAGUUACCCUAUAAAUUCAAAGAUGACUUAAUCCCACUCUUUACCAGUUUUCCAACUGAAUGAAUCGGCCGGAAAGUGGGAAUAUACUUCUCUUUUUCUUUUGGUGACUGAUUAUUUGCCAGUUUCCCACACUGCUCUUGACAAAUUUUCUCCCAGUGACUGACACACUUCACGUCAAGUCAGACUGCUUUUGGAAGAUGCGCCUGAUAUUUAAGAUGGAAUUUUGUACACCUUUUGGCAAAUCCUAAAACUUCAGCCACUUUGAGAACUGGCAUUGAACGGGGGACUAUGGAUGUAAUCUCUCAAGCCGGAUCUUUAACCACCGAGAUUUACUCGGGGGCAAUCUUAUCGGUCUCCUGUAAUGUCACGACCUUUGAACUCAACACAACAUACCCAUGCACUGAAACCCCUCCUUUUAACAUCAGCCAUGACAAAUCUGAAGAACAUCGCCAGUACGUUAUCGGGCUUUUCCUCUCGUGCCUUUACACCAUUUUCCUCUUCCCCAUCGGCUUCAUCGGGAACAUUCUGAUCUUGGUGGUGAACAUCAGCUUCCGGGAAAAGAUGACCAUCCCCGACCUUUACUUUAUCAAUCUCGCAGCGGCGGAUCUCAUCUUGGUGGCCGAUUCCUUGAUCGAGGUGUUCAACCUGGAUGAGAAGUAUUAUGACAUAACCAUCCUGUGCACCUUCAUGUCGCUCUUCCUGCAGAUCAACAUGUACAGCAGCAUCUUCUUCCUGACGUGGAUGAGUUUCGACCGAUACAUCGCCCUGGCCAAAGUCAUGCGAUCCAGCGCAUUUCGCACCAAGCAGCAUGCUAGGCUGAGCUGUGGCCUCAUCUGGAUGGCCUCCAUUUCCGCCACCUUGGUGCCCUUCACGGCCGUCCACUUGCAACACACGGAAGAGAUCUGCUUUUGCUUCGCGGAUGUCCAAGAGAUCCAGUGGCUCGAAGUCACCCUGGGGUUCAUAAUCCCCUUCGCCAUCAUCGGACUCUGUUACUCCCUCAUCGUCCGCGUGCUCGUCAAGGCUCAUAAACAUCGGAGCCUGCGGCUGCGGAGGCAGAAAGCCUUACGCAUGAUUUUUGCGGUGGUCUUAGUUUUCUUUAUCUGCUGGCUACCUGAAAACGUCUUCAUCAGUGUCCACCUCCUGCAGGGGAGAGAGGCGGCCAUUUCCUCAUGCAACCAGUCUUUCCGGCACGCCUACCCUUUAACUGGCCACAUUGUCAACUUGGCAGCUUUUUCAAACAGCUGCUUGAACCCCCUCAUCUACAGCUUUCUUGGGGAAACCUUCAGAGACAAACUACGGCUGUACAUAGAACAGAAAACCAACGUGUCAACCCUGAACCGCUUCUGCCACGCUGCCCUAAAGUCGGUCAUACCCGACAGCAACGAGUCGACAGAGGUUAAAUUUAGCAGUGCUGUGUAAAAGUGAAAAACUUCCCAAUAGAGAACAAAAAUAUGUUCCAUUAACCAAAAUGCAAAUAGGUAGCAAACUCAAAAAAAAAAAUAGAAAGAAAGAAAGAAUCUCUUGCCCCUAACAAGUUAUCUUCACAUUUAACCAAGAUAUUAGUAUGAACUGGCUUGACUUGCAAGUUAUUCCUAUACAGGAUUUGCAGAAAUACUCACAAAAAUACUUCCUUCACUUAGCACUGUGUAUAGGCAACCAUGAUGCUAUCGAAAAAUACAUAUAAUUUUAAAAUGCUUUUAUUUGGUAAAGAAAAGCCCACAGAUGAAAAAAUGAUUAUAGCCUGCUGCUCUUCGUAUAAACACUAGGUACCCGCUAAGGAACAAUGCGGCCAAAAGAAUCGUCAAUGCAAACUUGAUUUUUUUUUUCAACAUUCCAGUAGCCUGAAAAAACACAGCACCUGGAUGAAAGUUAACUUCUGAGGCUACAUCAGCCAUUUUUUAUGCAAAAUGAUUAAGGCCCUUCAAAACUCUUAAAUUUGAUCUGGCUGUGGGAGUUUGAAUUUUCCCUCCAAUUUUUAAUCUACUGUGGCACCCCUGGACACUUUACUGAACCUGAAAUCAAAACAUUCCCUCAAUUAAAUAGUCCAGCUCUUAGAAAAGCUAUCAGUAGCUCAGUUUCACUCUCCUCUUUCGUCAAUAGGUAAAUCAAGGCUCUUUUGACACAGAUGUAAACUAGUCCUAUGUUACUCGAAAGGCUUCUCCAUGAUGAAACACCUGUCCUCCUGUUUUUCUGGUUUGAGACUCUGAUUUGUUCAAUGUGUAUGUUUACAGCAGUCUUUGCAUUUAAAAGAAGACUGAAUGUGAUUGUGUGUAUUGUCAUCAAGUCUAUUGUGGCCAUCAGAGAACAGAAUAUUGUAGCA